AGGAAGCGAGGCUGCGCCGGCCGGGCCGGAGCGGAGGACGGGACGCGCGGGCGGUCGCGCUCGCCCUGUCGCUGACUGCGCUGCCCCGGCCCAUCCUGCCUGGCCGCAGGUGCCCUGGAUGAGGCCGCCGCGCGUGUCCCGGCCGCUGAGUGUCCCCCGCGGUCGCCCGGCGCCUGCCCUCAAGCGGCCGCCUCUCCUCGCCCGGGUCCCCGUUCCCGGCGCAGUCCUCCUCCGGCGGGCGCCUCCGCACCUCGGCGCAGGCGGCACGGCCCUCGGGCCGGGAUGGAUCCGCCGGGAAGAGGAAGACAAGCCGGGGCGUUGAGCCCCUGCGCACGGUGCCGCCGCGCGUAGUGGGAGCUUACUCGCAGUAGGCUCUCGAAAAGGCUACUGGAUCAACAAUGUUCUUGAUUGAAUGGCAACACCGGCAAAAGAAAUCUGCACCUAUCCGAAAGGUAGUUUCAGAGGAUUUAACACUGAAGUCUGUGGCUCUUCUAAUCAAUGGAUAAAGUGGGGAAAAUGUGGAACAACUUAAAAUACAGAUGCCAGAAUCUCUUCAGCCAUGAAGGAGGAAGCCGUAAUGAAAAUGUGGAGAUGAACCCCAACAGAUGUCCGUCUGUCAAAGAGAAAAGCAUCAGUCUGGGAGAGGCAGCUCCCCAGCAAGAGAGCAGUCCCUUAAGAGAAAAUGUUGCCUUACAGCUGGGACUGAGCCCUUCAAAGACCUUUUCCAGGAGGAACCAAAACUGUGCCGCAGAGAUCCCUCAGGUCGUUGAAAUAAGCAUCGAGAAGGACAGUGACUCGGGUGCCACCCCAGGAACGAGGCUCGCACGAAGAGACUCCUAUUCCCGACAUGCCCCGUGGGGAGGAAAGAAGAAACAUUCCUGUUCCACAAAGACCCAGAGUUCAUUGGAUACUGAGAAAAAGUUUGGUAGAUCUCGAAGCGGCCUUCAGAGGCGAGAGCGGCGCUAUGGAGUCAGCUCCAUGCAGGACAUGGACAGUGUUUCUAGCCGCACCGUCGGGAGCCGCUCUCUGAGGCAGAGGCUCCAGGACACGGUGGGUUUGUGUUUUCCCAUGAGAACUUACAGCAAGCAGUCAAAACCACUCUUUUCCAAUAAAAGAAAAAUACAUCUUUCUGAAUUAAUGCUGGAGAAAUGUCCUUUCCCUGCUGGCUCGGAUUUGGCACAAAAGUGGCAUUUGAUUAAACAGCAUACCGCCCCUGUGAGCCCACACUCAACAUUUUUUGAUACAUUUGAUCCAUCACUGGUGUCUACAGAAGAUGAAGAAGAUAGGCUUCGCGAGAGAAGGCGGCUUAGUAUCGAAGAAGGGGUGGAUCCCCCUCCCAAUGCACAAAUACACACCUUUGAAGCUACUGCACAGGUUAAUCCAUUGUAUAAGCUGGGACCAAAGUUAGCUCCCGGGAUGACAGAAAUAAGUGGAGAUGGUUCUGUAAUUCCACAAACGAAUUGUGACUCAGAAGAGGAUUCCACCACCCUAUGUCUGCAGUCACGGAGGCAGAAGCAGCGCCAGGUGUCCGGGGACAGCCACGCGCACAUUAGCAGACAGGGAGCUUGGAAAGUUCAUACGCAGAUCGAUUACAUACACUGCCUUGUGCCAGAUUUGCUUCAGAUCACAGGGAAUCCCUGUUACUGGGGCGUGAUGGACCGAUACGAAGCAGAAGCCCUUCUAGAAGGGAAACCGGAAGGCACGUUCUUGCUCAGGGACUCUGCGCAGGAGGACUACCUCUUCUCUGUGAGCUUCCGCCGCUACAACAGGUCUCUGCACGCCCGGAUAGAGCAGUGGAACCACAACUUCAGCUUCGAUGCCCAUGACCCCUGCGUGUUUCACUCCUCCACUGUCACGGGGCUUCUCGAACACUAUAAAGACCCCAGCUCUUGCAUGUUUUUUGAACCGUUGCUUACGAUAUCCCUGAAUAGGACUUUUCCUUUCAGCCUGCAGUAUAUCUGCCGCGCAGUGAUCUGCAGGUGCACUACGUAUGAUGGGAUUGAUGGGCUCCCUCUACCGUCAAUGUUACAGGAUUUUUUAAAAGAGUAUCAUUAUAAACAAAAAGUUAGGGUUCGCUGGUUAGAACGAGAGCCAGUCAAGGCAAAGUAACUCCUGUCCCCAAAGGGCACUACGUCUGCUCUCCCGUGUAUCAGACAGCACCCAUAGGAGGCAGAGUCAGCUGCUAGGAUUUCCCACCCAGCAUGGGAGCUUAGUCAUUAGCCUCUGUCCCAUGGGAUCUGCUGUUCCUCAGACAAAGGUGCCUAGGGACGGCAAGAUGGCUUGCAGGUGUUCAGUGGGCUGUGACAACUGAGGGAGGCAACUCUGGGGCAUUUGCUAUGGAGAAUUCUAUUUCUUACUGAAGAACAAAUUAUUAAUAUUGGAUGGGUAUUUCAAUAGUGUGACUAAUGUUUGAAAUUAUUUUUUCUAAGAAUUUUUCUAUAACCUUCAGAAAAAGUAGUGAUGUUUGUAGUUACUAUAAAUCAAGCUUUGAAAGUCCAAAACAAGUAAAUAAAAGACUACCUUCCUUUUAGAGAAAAACAAAUGCAAUUUUUCUGGCCACAGGGCAUUGUGCAGUGUCAAUGUGGCUUGUAGUCAGUCUCCUUUUCUCCUCAAAGAAGGAGGCUCUAAAAUAAACCAGGUUUUUCUAAGAUAGUUCUUAAAACUUGAGACUCCCAGGUCAGUGGUGGAGUUGUGUAAAUGCCCCCGUGCGCAUUUGGGAUGAGCACAGUGACCUCAGAGCGCGCAGUCGGAGCUUCCGGUGGGAUUUUUUUCUCUAAGUUGACAUGUGCUGUCUACACAUUGUCUCAUCAAAGUUGGGAUCCUUUCCUGUGCCCUUGACUAUGUGAACCCAGAGGAAAACGAGACUAGGAGAUGCCCAGACACAUCAGAUAGUAGUAACUCCACUGGUUGACGAUGCCAAGUUGUGUUAAACUAUAAUCAUUUGGAUGGCAGUAUUUAUCUCUUUGUUGUAAGCUCAUAGCCGAAUUACUUAAGUACAAUUUAUAUUAUAAAAUUUUAGUGCAGUUAAUUCUUAACAGAAAACCUGAAGUCUAAAUUGCAGAUUUAAAAGGUACUGUACACCCAUGCUGCCUGUAAAUAACUUUACUUGGCACCUUUUGUCACUUAGGAUAGUAUGUAAUACAACUUGAGUGAAUGCUUGGGACGUAUUGUCGAGUUCUAGUGUUGCUUCUUGUGUUGGACUGUGUUCUCGGUUCUGUCCUAGCCAUUUGCACUACAGUAGCCAAAUCCAUUCCUGUGUGUUGCUGUGCUCUGUAACUGCUGCCGGGUGUUGCCGUGCUCUGUAACUGCUGCCGGUGCUCCUUGGCCUCAUGCCAGCUGCUGCAAGAGGUUGCUUUCUGCCCCAUGGCUAUUGCCAGGGCUUCCAGAAAGAAAUGCUACAUUUGUAUGCAACAGUAACCUUUUAACUGCUAAACGUAUGUUUCUGCUUGCUGUGCCUUGUUCUGGCUGCUCCUCCGUGCUAAUAAAGUAUGUUUGGUGUUCUUGUAUA